GCACACAGCCAGUUCAGUAGCCAUAGCCAUAGCCAUCCAUAGCCGUGUUGUAUAUUCUCGUAUUUUCGUUUUCGUAUAUCCAAAAGAUACUUCUUCCAUCAUCAUAUCUCAGUUGUCGUUGUCGUAUUCGUAUUCGUUGUAGUCGUCAAAUAGAUAUUCAAGUCCGGGGUUCAAUUGAACCGAAUGUACAAGUUUACCUCAGUCGCUCUUGGAGCGUUGUCGUGGACGGUAUUUGUGAUUUUUUAAAUGUAAGAUACAAUUAAUAUAUCAGACAUUUUUUUCUACUAAAAAUUUCGGAGUGUGUGAACUACUCUUAACGAGAUCCUAAUUCAAACACGAUACAUUUGUUAAAAUCUAAACAAAUUUAAAAAACAAACGAGUUUUGAAUAAAAUAUCAAAAUAUUUACUCGUUUUCUCCUUUUUUUUAAAAGUUUUUUAAUCUUGUGUUUGCCCCCAACCAACCAACUACCGGAUUUAUAUAUUGGAAGAGAAAGUUUUUCUUCUCUAUGGCCAAAUGCAUAUUACCAACAUAUAUAUAUAGUGACGGUUUUUUUUUAUAUAUAUGAAUAUCUUUUUUAUUUAAAUCUAAUUUAUGAAAUUUAAAUUUACAAAAAAUACGAAGUUUUUAAUUCGGGAAUCGAGUAAAAUAAUAAAACUCUCCAAGGUGUUCUUCGGAGCUCCGUUUGGAUGACACGGACGACAUCAUCGCAAGAAUUCUAAGACCCAAGCUGGAUUAUAAAAUUAUUGUAAAAAUAUACAAGUGAAAAAAAGAAGAUAUUAAGAUACGAAAAAACUUCGACCCUGUUUUCUCCUCUACCACAGAAUUUAUAAAUUAUUAUAAUUUUGCUGACGACUCGAUUAAAAGUUAAAAUAAAAAGUUAAGCCACAAAAAUUGUUUUAAGUUCGACGAAAAAAAAAGAAAAAAAAAAUUCUUUAAGAAUAAUUUCUAGAAAUUUUAAUAACAAGUUCUUGAUAAAUUUCGGUGUGGAUAAAACCAGAAUUGAAUGAAAGAAGGAAAAAUAAAUAAAUAAAAAUAAAAAAGAAGAAAAAGAAUAAAGAAGAGAAAUUAUAUUAACAAGUGUCAGUGUGCGUGUUUUGAUUGAAUUGAAAGAAACCUUAAAAAAAAAUAGAUAAAGAUACAAAUUUACCUUAACUUUGAUAUUUUAUGGAUAUCUGCUUAAACAAAAAAAAAACUAUCUAAGAAAAAAACAGGAUAUUAACACUGAAGAUAUAUUUUUUUUUUACUUUAAAUUUGGAUAACUUUGUCUUAAGAUUAACCAUUGGCGCUAUAAAUACAUAUCAACAACUUCUAGCGACUAUACUAUUACUAUAAAAGUGACCAAUAUUUUCCAUUAAAUUUUUCUUACUGUGAUUUGUUUAAUUCCAUUUUGAGUUACUUCUUUUUUCGUGCGUGUGUAACAUAAAUAUAAGAAAAAAAGUGAUAUGUCAAUUUUAUACAUCUUGGUGAUUAAAUUUAAGUGAAAUAAGUGCGUAAAGUAAUUUAUUGCUGCAUCGUUAAAUAUAAAUACCGAAAUAUAUUUGUUUGUUAAUUUAAAAGGCGGGGGAGGAAAGUGACAAACUUCAUUUGUCACUGAUUUUUUUUUUUUAAUUUAUUUCUUUGUCCAUUUACAACUUCUAUACCUAUUUAUCAGUGAGUUUGGUAUAGGAAAGUUUAUUUUGUUCCUUGUGAAUAUAAAUAUACACCUAAACCUCGAUAAUGGAUCCGCCUAAUUAUAGUGGAUCCAGGUCGAGAACUUAUUCAGCAGCAAUGGCGAAACACCUCUGUUGGAAAUAUAAUAUCAGUUUGUGUGUUGUUGUUAUAGCCAUUGUCGCCUUAAAUAAUUUGGGAUGCUGUAUAGCGACCGCUGAGAGGCCAACACAAAUUCUACCAAUACAAUCAGGUGGAUUAUCAGAUGGCGGUCAAAUUGGUCAAAGUUCCAUAUCAUCUAAUGUGCCAUGUCCUACGGGAAUGUUUCGUUGCAAUAAUGGUAGAUGUAUAACUUCAUUAUGGGUGUGCAACUAUCAAAAAGACUGUGAAGAUGGAGAAGAUGAGCAACAAUCAUGCCCUCCACCGGAAUGUGAAACUGGGCAAAUAAGUUGCGGGCAAUAUGUAUUUAAUAAAACAUAUUGUAUUCCACCACAUUUUCGUUGUGAUAUGACAGACGAUUGUGAAGACAAAUCCGAUGAAUCACAAUGCACUUACAGAAAAUGCCAGACUACAGACGUCUUUUGUAAUUCGCCUGGUGGUGCUGCUCCCGAAGGUGGACGAUUAUCUGGGCCAUGUGUGCCAAAGGAGAAACGUUGUGAUGGUUAUCUAGACUGUCGAAAUGGGCGUGACGAAGUGGGUUGUACGGGAGAAUCGUGUCGCUUGGAUCAGUUUCGCUGUGCCAAUGGACAGAAGUGCAUUGAUGCUGCAUUGAAAUGCAAUCACCGAGAUGAUUGUGGUGACAAGUCCGACGAACAGGGAUGCAACUUUCCACCAUGCCACAAUGGUCAGUUCCGGUGCACGAAUGCUCUGUGCAUUCCUGCCAACUUCUACUGUGAUGGCUAUCAUGACUGUGCUGACGAAAGUGACGAAGCGAAUUGUACAGCGAUAGCUUGCCCUGAUAAUAAGUUCCUUUGUCCAAGAGGCGGGCCUGGUGGCUCACCCAAAUGUAUCCUUAAAUCACAGCUGUGCGAUGGAAAGCGCGACUGUGAGGAUGGCAGUGAUGAGGAAACUGCUUGUUCGACUGCAUCGUGUCCUGCUCUGGGUUGUGAACACAAAUGUGGUUCAUCUCUGACCGGUGGUGUGUGCUAUUGUCCUCCUGGACAAUCGCUGGCCGCUGAUAAUAGAACUUGUGUGGACUUGGAUGAAUGCGCCGAAUGGGGUCACUGUGACCAACUCUGCACAAAUACUGAAGGUUCCUACAUUUGCAACUGUGCCAGUGGUUACUCCCUUAUCAACAAUUCCAAGUGCAUAGCUGGAGAUGCUAAUAAUCUUGAGCUGAUUUUUGCGCAUGAUCGAGCUAUUGUUCGCAUGUCAUCGCAUGGUAACGAUCCUCGGAGUGUGGCAAACGCUACCGCAGCUAGUGGUCUGGCUUUUCACUAUCUACGAAAUACCCUCUAUUGGUCCGAUACGAAAACUCGCAAGGUGCAAUCUUUGCAGCUGAAUGAAUUCAAUGGUGCAAUUAAUCCGCUUGACCUAACUCUGCCAGGAACUUGGUCGCCAGUGGCAUUGGCUGUCGAUUGGGUUGGAGAUAAAAUUUAUGUGGCCGAUUUAGUUGGACAGAAGAUCGAUGUUUUUGAAUUGAGCGGUAGGUGGCAUGCUGUUGUCUUGGGAUCGAACUUGACAAGCCCUGCAGAUCUAGCCCUCGAUCCGACAUCUGGAUUGAUGUUCGUUGCUGACGGAGGACAAGUUUUGCGCGCCCACAUGGAUGGUACACAUGCAACAUCUGUUGUGUCAGAGGCAGCCUACAAAGCUUCAGGUGUGACAGUGGAUAUAAUUUCUAAAAGGGUGUUUUGGUGUGACUCAUUAUUGGACUAUAUUGAAUCGGUGGAUUAUGAAGGCAACAAUCGUGUUAUGGUUUUGCGAGGUCAGCAAGUGCCAAGUCCAUCGCGACUGGCGCUGUUUGAAAACAGAAUUUUCUGGACAGAUGCAACGAAGCAGGGAAUCAUGUCUGUCGAUAAGUUUGAGGGUCCAGCUUCGAUUCAAGUCACAUACAAGGCCAAGGAUAUCCGAGAGCCAAAGGCUAUAAUUGCGGUGCACACACUAAGUCAGCCGAGGGUCACAAACCCUUGUGGUAAUAAUAAUGGAGGCUGUAAUCACAUGUGCAUUGUGACGGCUGUCAAAGGAGCACCCACAGGUUUGGGAUACCGAUGUGCUUGUAACACAGGCUAUCAGCUGCAAAAAGACUUGAAGAGCUGUAAAAUUGUUCGCGAAUUCCUGAUGUACUCUCAACAGCGCUUUAUCAAGGGAAAAGUCUUGGAGCCAGUUAUUGAAGGAUUCAGUGACGCUAUUCUGCCGGUCGUUUCAAGGCGUGCUCGGUUUGUGGGACUUGAUUUUGAUUCUCGUGAUGAAUUUAUUUACUACUCAGACGUGCUGCAAGACGUCAUCUAUCGAGUUCACCGUAAUGGCACUAGCAGAGAGAUAGUUUUAGCCUCCCAGAACGAAGGCGUCGAAGGCUUGGCUGUGGACUGGGCUUCAAAGAAUUUAUACUACAUUGACAGUCGCAAGGGAACACUUAAUGUUCUAUCGACACGCAAUGUCACCCACCGAAGAACUCUGCUUAAGAAUCUCAAGAGACCCCGAGCUAUUGUUGUCCAUCCAAACAGAGGUUAUAUAUUCUUUUCGGAAUGGGAUCGACCAGCCAACAUUACCCGAGCGAAUACCGAUGGUACAAAUCUUUUGGUGUUUAAGAAUGUGACACUGGGAUGGCCAAAUGGUCUGUCAAUUGAUUUCAAAGCUGACCGGGUGUAUUGGUGUGAUGCGUUGCUUGACCAUGUUCAACAUUCAAGCCUCGAUGGUACUGAUAUUAGAACCGUCAAUUCCCGCCUUGUACGGCAUCCAUUUUCCAUUGUCAUUCACAAUGAAUGGAUGUACAUUACCGAUUGGAGACUCGAUGCUAUAAUAAGACUGCACAAGUUGACUGGAGAACAAGAAGAGAUGAUGGUGCGAGAGCCACAAACCAACCGAUUGUAUGGAGUCAAGGUUUACAGUAGGGAUGUCCAGAAGAUCGACGAGAAACAACCUUGUCACUACAACAAUGGAGGUUGUGAAAAGAUCUGUUUUGCUGUGCCGAAGAACGAUUCAGAAGGUGAACUGUUAUCAAGGUGUUCUUGUCCAUACGGAGAACGAUUGGCAGAUGAUGAGCGUUCUUGUGUGGCCGAUCCAACUGCAGAGCCUCCAGUGCAACCUUGUCCGAACUCUUGGGACUUUACCUGUAACAACCAAAGAUGUAUUCCUAAGUCAUGGGUGUGUGAUGGUGAUGAUGAUUGUCUUGAUAACAGCGAUGAGGAACAGAACUGUACAAAACCAACUUGUGGAUCUAACGAGUUCCAAUGCAAGUCUGGAAGAUGCAUUCCUCUUAACUUCCGCUGCGACCAGGAAAACGAUUGUGGAGACAAUUCUGACGAACUCGAGUGCGGAAAUGUCACGUGUGGAUCUGCGCAGUUUGCUUGUGCUAAUGGUCGAUGCAUUCCCAACAUGUGGAAGUGUGACAGUGAGAACGAUUGCGGAGAUGGCUCUGACGAAGGAGAUUUUUGUGCCGAGAAGACCUGUGCAUACUUCCAGUUCACGUGUCCCAGAACGGGACAUUGUAUCCCUCAGAGCUGGGUCUGUGAUGGUGAUGAUGAUUGCUUUGACAAACAGGACGAGAAAGAUUGCCCACCGAUCACUUGCCUGGCGAACCAAUUCAAGUGUGCUGACCUGCGACAAUGUGUCGAAGAAUCCUACAAAUGCGAUGGUAUUCCCGAUUGUAAUGAUGGAAGUGACGAGUUAGGAUGUCCGUCUACAGGCCCCAACCAGUGUAACAUGGAAAAACACUUCCGCUGCAAGGGUUCUGGUUUUUGUAUUCCAAUCUCUUGGCAUUGUGAUGGUUCAAACGAUUGCUCCGAUCACUCCGACGAAGAAGACUGUGGACAAAUUUCAUGCGCUCCGAACUUCUUUAAGUGCAAUAACUCCAACUGUGUUUUCAAGGCCUACAUCUGUGAUGGAAAGGAUGACUGUGGUGAUGGAUCUGACGAAAGCUCUAUGCAUGCUUGUGUCGCACCACCAUUCAAGUGUCCACACGGACAAUGGCAAUGUCCCGGUGUAACCGAGAGAUGUGUGAAUAUAACUUCGGUGUGUGAUGGCUCACCAGAUUGUCCGAACGGUUCGGAUGAGGGUGAAGGUUGUGACCUUGCCGAAUGUCAGCAUCAAACAGGACUUUGUACAAGUGGAUGUCAAAAAACUCCGUUGGGAGCCAUGUGUAUAUGUCCACCCGGAUCAGAGCUUGGAACUGAUGGUUACACUUGCGAAGAUAUUAACGAAUGUGACCCACCAGGUUUGUGCUCACAGGCCUGUACAAACACAAAGGGUUCCUACUUCUGUUCCUGCACAGACGGAUACAUACUCGAACCGAAUAAACAUAAUUGCAAGGCUGUGAACCAUUCAGCAGCUUUCCUCAUAAUAUCAAACCGUCAUUCGAUUUUAGUAGCAGAUUUGAAAGAACAGGGUCUUGAAAGGGUGCCAAUUAUUGUAGAGAACGUAGUGGCAACUGCAUCGAACAUGCACACAGGAACAAUCUUUUGGAGUGACAUGAAGCUUAAGAAGAUAUCCCGAUUAGACAGAGGAAUGGAACCGCAAGAAAUUAUUACCACCGGUCUGGACUUAGUCGAAGGAUUGGCCUAUGAUUGGGUCGGACAAAACCUCUACUGGCUCGACAGUAAGCUCAAUACCAUUGAGGUCUCUUCUGAGAAUGGUUCAAAUAGGUUAGUUUUGGUGCGAGAGAAUAUCACUCAACCUCGUGGAAUGUGCUUAGACCCCAGUGAAGGUGCACGCUUUAUCUUCUGGACAGAUUGGGGUGAAAAUCCUAGAAUCGAAAGAAUUGGAAUGGACGGAACCAUGCGUGAAACAAUAAUCAACACAAAGAUAUACUGGCCCAAUGGAUUGACUCUCGAUAUUGCCACCAAGAGGGUUUACUUUGCCGAUUCAAAGUUGGACUUUAUCGAUUUCUGUUACUAUAAUGGAACUGGUCGUCAACAGGUGCUUGCUGGAAGCCAUUAUCUCCUGCAUCCGCAUUCGCUGUCGCUAUUCGAAGACACCCUCUACUGGACCGAUCGUCAGCUGAAUAGGGUCUUAUCGGCAAAUAAGUUCCGUGGCAAAAAUCAAACCGUUGUAUCACACUUGAUCAGCCAGCCACUCUCUAUCCACGUCCACCAUCCAUCAUUGCAACCAAUGUACGAGAAUCCUUGCAUGAAAGCUAAUUGCCAGCACUUGUGCUUGUUAAGUCCAAGUGCCAAGGAGGGUUACUCCUGCAAGUGUAAACCUGGAUUUAAGCUUCUAUCGCAAGGACGUUGUAUCGAGGAAGAAAAUCCGUUUAUCAUGGUUGUCAAGGGAACACAGAUCGUUGAUAUACCACUGAACGGAGGUGACGCUAGAGCAGGAUCGUUAGCGCCUGUAAUUGGAAUAGAUAGUAGCACUGGUUUGGACUUCGAUCGAAAGGGUGAGACGCUCUUCUGGGUUCAAGGUCGUGAGGAUGAUGAUGAGAAUUGCACCAUCUAUACAACACCUUACGGAGGAGGAAACAAAACUCAGUUCCUCGGCCAAGACACUGGAAUCGUUGGUGCACCAUACACCAUUGCCUUCGAUUGGCUGGGCAGAAAUAUUUACAUGGGCAACAGAGUCGCUAGCAAUAUCGAAGCAGUGCGUGUAGAUGGCAAGAUCAAGUACAGGACAAUUAUUUUGGCCAAUGACGGUAAUAAGACAUCCGUUUCCAAGCCGAAAGCCUUGACCAUAGAUCCCAGUGAAGGAAAACUCUUCUGGAUUGACGAAGGUGGUUUUGGAGUUCCAGUGAAGAUUGGAAGAGUAAAUAUGGCAGGAACAAAUUCGAUUGUUCUGAAGGAAGAUAUAGACCGCCCAGAAAGUAUAGCCCUUGACAUCGAGAAGAAGCAGAUCUACUACAGCACUCAGUUCCCAUCAGCCGUGUGCGCCAUGGACUACACCGGAGAAAAUCAUAGAGUGAUUUUAUCUGAGGCAAAUGCCAUUGCACGACCAAAGAGCUUGGGUAUUCUCGACUCCAGACUAUACUACUUGGACCCUGUGUAUGAGAAGAUUGUCAGAGUAGACUUGCCAAGAGGAGAUAACCCUAAAGUGAUAAUAGACAAUGAACCGGACCUGAAGAACAUGAUGAUCUACAAGAAACGAUCAAUGAUGCAACACCCCUGUCAGACCAACAAUGGCGGAUGUGAACACUUGUGUAUCCCCGAUGAAGGAUCGUCGAGGACAUGUGCUUGUGGAAUCGGCUACAGGAAGGAGAAUGACAUCAAUUGUGUGGCUUAUAAGACAUUCGCAGUAGUGUCACAACUAGAUAUGACUCGUGGUUACAGUUUAACUGAUAGUUCCGAAGCCAUGGUUCCCAUCAGUGGAUCAGGACAUCAUAUUCUUCACGUGGAUGUGGUCUUCCGCGAACAAUGGAUCUACUGGGCUGAAUACAAUCGAGGCUAUUGGAAUGGUAUAUUCCGAAUCCGACCAAACGGUACAGAAAUUCAACACAUCAUCAAAGAUGGCAUAGGAAGCAAUGGAAUCAGGGGCAUAACAAUCGAUUGGGUGGCCGGAAACAUGUACUUUACUAAUGUAUUCCCCCACGAGAACUACGUUGAGGUGAGUUGGUUAGAUGGAUCAAAUAGGAAAAUCCUUGUCAAAACAACCAAUGACGCCCCUCGAGAACUGGCUGUCAAUCCAAUCAAGAGACUGCUCUACUGGAUUGACUACGGACAAUAUCCUAGAAUUGGAAAAGCUUAUCUGGACGGCUCGAACUGGACUCCAGUUGUAACAUCAGGUAUUUCAAAUCCUCGGGAUUUGACUGUAGAUAUGCUGACACAUGACGUUUAUUGGGUCGAUUCCAAAUUGGAUACCAUUCAGAAGAUUUCCUACUCGGGUGGAAACAGACAGAUCAUUCGUCGAAACCUACCGAAUCCAAUGGGAAUCGCCAUUUAUCUUGGUGAUGUCUACUGGGUUGAUCGUAACCUGAUGACAGUGUUCAAGGCUUCAAAACUCCCUGGCAACAACUCAAUGCCCGAAAGAGUUCGCACGAACUUACAAAAACUACGUGACAUUGCUAUUUACAACAUCAACAACCAACCGCCAGAUGAGAGCAAUCCUUGUGCUCGUCUGGGCAAUGGCGGAUGCGAUCAACUUUGUUUCAGUUUCCCACCGGAUGCAUCAAGCCCGUCUAGAUUGAACUUUAAAUGCGAUUGUGCAACAGGAAAACUCAAUGCCGAUGGAAGAAAAUGUGAAACAGUCAACGAGUAUUUGGUGUUUGCAACUAGAACAGAAAUCAGGGCUGUAAAUCUGGACCCUAGAUCGACGCAAGUGCCUUUCGCCCCAAUGACCAAUCUGACAAAUGUUGUCGGUCUUGAUUUCGAUUAUAAAGACAAUAGACUUUUGUACACUCAAAUCCGUCCAUGGGCAAAGAUUGCCCACACCAAGGCCAAUAAUCCAACUUUGGAAGAUGUAACCGUAGUCCUGAAUAAGGGUAUUAACCCUGAAGGCAUCGCUUAUGAUUGGACGCAAAACAAGAUCUACUGGACUGAUAGUUCAAAUAAUUCCAUAUACGCUAUGAAUCUCGAUGGAUCUGAACAAGUGAUGAUUGCUCGAGUGGAAAGGCCAAGAGCUAUAGUGUUAGAUCCCUGUAAUGGAACUCUUUUCUUCACCGAUUGGGGCCGUUUCGGAACCUCGGGAAAGAUUUUCCGCACAACAAUGGCUGGAUCAUUGAAGAGAGCCAUAGUCGACAAGGAAUUAUCACAACCAAGUGGACUUGCCAUCGAUUACGACGAUCGUAAACUGUACUGGACCGAUGCUGUUCGUGAGAAGAUCGAACGUGCCAAUCUGGAUGGAAGUGACCGGGAGCUUUUGGUAGCGGCAACAAUUUAUCCAUUUGCAAUCAGCGUCUUCAGGAACUACAUCUACUGGACGGAUCUUCAGCUUCGUGGAGUAUAUCGAGCUGAGAAGCACACAGGAGCGAACAUGGUCGAAAUUGUCAAACGUCUAGAAGAUUCUCCCCGUGACAUAAGGGUCUACAGUGCAGAACGUCAGAAGUGCCAAGUGAAUCCAUGCCAGAUAAACAAUGGUGGUUGCGCUCAGAGUUGCCACCCAGCGCCCAACGAUAAGGCCGAAUGUAAGUGUGAUGAUAACUCUAAGCUUGUUAAUGAAGGCCGAAUGUGUGCUCCAAGAAACAACACGUGUGAAUCAAGCAAGUUCUAUUGCCAAAACGGAAAAUGCAUAUCGAGAAUGUGGUCCUGCGAUGGUGAUGAUGAUUGUGGUGACAACUCUGAUGAGGAUCCCAACUACUGUGCUUUCCAUUCGUGCUCUCCCAAUGAAUUCCGAUGCAAUAACGGCCGAUGCAUAUUCAAGUCAUGGAAGUGUGAUCACGAAAACGACUGCAAAGACGGUUCCGAUGAGGUUGGAUGCACCUACCCACCGUGUGUGGACGGUGAAUUCACCUGCACCAAUGGCAGAUGUAUUCCCAUGGCCCAAGUUUGUAAUGGUGUCAAUGAUUGCAAGGACAACGCAACUUCAGACGAGACUCACGAACGCUGUCCCACAAACACGACAUGUCCACCAAAUCACCUUAAAUGCGAGAAGACCAACAUUUGCGUUGAACCCUAUUGGCUGUGCGACGGUGACAACGAUUGUGGUGAUAACUCCGACGAGGAUCCUCUACAUUGUGGCCAGAGAACUUGUCCGCAGAAUAGCUUCCGUUGUCCAAACCAUCGGUGCAUUCCAGCAACUUGGUACUGUGAUGGCGAUGACGAUUGUGGUGAUGGUGCUGAUGAGCCUCCAGAGUAUUGCAAAUCCGAGGGAAGGACAUGCUUUGGUGACUUAUUUACAUGUGAUAACGGCAACUGCAUCCCAAGGAUCUACAUUUGCGAUGGUGACAACGAUUGCUUGGAUAACAGUGACGAAGAUAGCAGACAUCAAUGCAACGACCGGAAAUGUGACGAAGAAACAGAAUUCACCUGUGUUGAAAACAAAGCUUGGGGACGUGCUCAGUGUAUUCCAAGGAAAUGGAUUUGCGAUGGUGAUCCAGAUUGUGUAGAUGGCGCUGAUGAGAAUACCGCCCUUCAUAGUUGUUCAACACAGCAACCGUGCGCAGAGGAAAUGUUCACUUGUGGCAAUAACCGUUGCAUCAACAAGGGUUGGGUUUGUGACCAUGACAACGAUUGUGGGGAUGGAACAGACGAAGGCAAGUUCUGUAAUUCCAAAUACAAGACUUGUUCGGCCCAAGAAUUCACUUGCCAGAACUUUAAGUGUAUUCGCAAUCAGUACAGGUGUGACGGUGAAGAUGAUUGUGGUGAUCAUUCGGAUGAGGUUGAUUGUAAGAAGGAGAAUGUCACUUGUCCAGCUGGCCAGUUCACCUGUACGAAUGGUCAAUGCAUUGAUUAUCAUUUGGUUUGUAAUAAAGUGGCUGAUUGUUUGGAUGAAUCUGAUGAACCCUCGCAUUGCAAUGUGGAUGAGUGUGCCAAGGUGGAAAUUCACCAGUGUGGUCACAAGUGUGUUGAUACACUUACAAGCUACUAUUGUGAUUGUAAUCAGGGUUACAAACUUCUUGCUGAUGGAAAAGCUUGUGCUGAUAUUGACGAAUGUCUGGAGCUUCCUGGGGCUUGUUCGCAACAUUGCUCCAAUACACCCGGAAGUUACUAUUGUAAGUGUAACGAACGAUACUAUGAACGUCAACUUGAUGAACACACUUGCAAGCGAAAGGAUAACGAAACUGCCUGGCUUAUAUUUACCAACAAGUACUAUGUGCGAAAUAUGUCACUUGAUGGCAAACAAUACAAUCUCAUGCAUCAGGACCUCAUGAAUGUUGUUGCGUUGGACUUUGACUUCCAAGAAGAUUACAUGUACUUCUGCGAUGUAACUGCCAAGACGAUCUUCCGAUCGAAAUACAUAAGCGACGAAGAGAAACCUACCCGCGAAGCUGUAGUGCGUCACGACUCACAUGGUCUCGAAGGUAUUGCUGUGGAUUGGGUGGGCAGAAAGCUCUAUUGGCUGGAUAGACACUCGAAGAAUCUGGAUGUGGCUGAACUGGAUGGAACUAAGCGGAAAACGUUGCGCAGUGGUGUCAUUGACCCAAGAGCGAUUGUCGUUCAUCCUGGAAUUGGUUAUCUUUACUACACGUCCUGGCAUCUCCAGGCUUACAUUGCCAAAAUGGGUAUGGAUGGUUCGAACCUAACGCGAAUUCUGACUUGGGAAGAUGGCAUCGCUUGGCCAAAUGCUCUAGCUAUUGACUACUUUACCGACCGCAUUUACUGGGCAGAUGCUCAUUUAGACUAUAUUGCUUAUGCGGAUUUGGAAGGACGACACAGACAUAUUGUACUGUCUGGACCUAAGGUUCCACAUGUAUUUGCGAUAUCCCUGUUUGAUGAUUAUCUGUAUUGGACCGAUUGGAAUCUGAAGGCAAUUAUGAGGGCAAACAAAUUUACCGGAAAGGAAUUGACCACAUUACGUAACACAACCCACCGGCCUUAUGAUGUGCAUAUCAAUCAUAGACUGAGACAAGUUCCAUACACAAACCCAUGUGGAAAGACAAACGGAGGAUGCUCACAUCUUUGCCUGAUUUCACCACCAGCUGAAUCGACUUACCUUAACAUCGAAGGAUAUAUUGAGGAAGGAGCUCCGAGCUAUAAGUGUGCCUGUCCCAAUCAGUUCUAUCUAGCCAGGGACAGCAAGACUUGUAUUGCCAACUGUACUACUGGACAGCAUCGUUGCGAAGGAAAUGACGAAAAGUGUAUCCCAUGGUUCUGGAAGUGUGACGGCGAGAAAGAUUGCAAAGACGGAUCGGAUGAACCAGCUACUUGUCCUGCCCGGCACUGUCGCGCAGGAACGUUCCAGUGCAAGAACACGAACUGCACUCCUUCGGCAACAAUAUGCGAUGGAACUGACGAUUGCGGAGAUGGCAGUGAUGAGCAAAAUUGUGAUCUUCCAUGUCCUGACUCAGACUUCAAAUGCAAAUCCAGUGGACGUUGUAUUCUGGACAGUUGGAGGUGCGAUGGAGAUGCUGAUUGUAAGGAUGGAAGUGAUGAGGACCCUGCUGUGUGUCAUAAACGGACAUGUGACCCAGAUACAGAAUUCAGUUGCAAGAAUGGCCGUUGCAUUCCAAAACUAUGGAUGUGUGACUUCGACAAUGAUUGUGGUGAUGAUUCUGACGAGCCUGCAUACAUGUGUCGUCAGAGAAACUGUACUACCGGAUGGCAGAGGUGUCCCGGACAAUCCAACUAUAGGUGCAUACCCAAGUGGCUAUUCUGUGAUGGUAAGGAUGAUUGUCGCGAUAAUAGUGAUGAGCUGCCAGAGAACUGUCCCAAAUGUUCCACUGAAACUGACUUUAAGUGUGCUAACAACCGCUGUAUUCCAAAACAAUGGAUGUGUGACUUUGCUGAUGAUUGUGGGGAUGGAAGUGACGAAGUUGAUACCCUUUGCAAGGGCAACUACAGAGAGUGUUCGGAAUCUGAGUUCCAUUGCGGUAAUGGCAAGUGUAUAUCUUCUCGCUGGCGAUGCGACCACGAGGACGAUUGUGGAGACAACACUGACGAGAUGAACUGUGAGGGUUACCAGUGCAAGAACGGAACCUUCCAAUGUACAUCGGGUCAUUGUAUUGCCUCAUACUUCCGGUGUGAUGGUGAUCGCGAUUGUAGGGAUAUGUCUGAUGAGAUCAACUGCCCGCCACGUUUCCCAGGUGGAAGAUACUGUCCAGAAUCACGCUUCCAAUGUGCAAAUAAUUUGUGUGUGUCACCAUCAGAUUUGUGUGAUGGAACUGAUGAUUGUGGUGAUGGCACUGACGAAGAUCCAAAGGUCUGUUCGAACUUUAACUGUGAUACUUUGAGGCGCUUCCAGUGUGCUAACCAUCGGUGCGUAGCCAGAUACCAGAUCUGUGACGGUGUCGAUAACUGUGGUGAUGGAUCGGAUGAAAACAAUAUGACUCUAUGUGCGACCAAACAGAGGCCAUGUGAUCUGUACACACAAUACCAAUGUGCUAAUAAGAACUGUGUCGAAAGGGCGCAAGUGUGUGAUUAUUCCGAUGAUUGUGGAGAUGCUUCUGACGAACUGGGAUGCCAUGAAAGUAGUUCUUGCUCAGAACUGACCCGAGGAGGCUGCGAGCAUCAUUGCCACAACUUGACAGAUGGUGGAUACAUUUGUGCUUGCUAUCCGGGUUACAUCAUAUCGAAGGACCAAAAGAAGAGAUGUGAUGAUAUUGAUGAGUGCGCCACAAGAACUCACAGCUGCAGUCAUCAGUGCCACAAUUUAAAUGGAACAUACUCAUGCUCAUGCAGGGAAGGAUUUAGGCUUGUCGAUGGCAUGUCUGGAGUUUGCAAAGCUGAAAAGGAAGAUGUUGUUUUGAUAUUUGCGAAUGGACCGGAAAUUCGCGGUCUCGAUCUCCAGAAACACGAAGAAUUCGAUGUAGUUGCAGCUGAGAAACGCAUUGAGGCUCUGGAUUAUAAUGCCGAAGCGCAGAUUGUAUUCUGGGCUGAUAGUUACGACAAAACAAUCAAGCGGUCGUACAUGAUCAAUGCCCUAGAUGGACAAGCAAAGAUUGGAUUCGCUCAGGACUUGAAUAUGAAGGGCGGCUCGAAGCCAACAGCUGUUGCAGUGGACUGGCUGGCUGAUAACCUGUACUGGACCGAAGUGGAUAGGACUGGUUCCAAACCAAGAGGUCGCGUUAUGGUUGCUAAGACCGAUGGGCGUUAUCGCAGAGCUGUAGUAAGUGCUGGAUUAGAAGUACCCACAGCGGUAGCUGUUGAUCCUCAGUUGGGUAGAAUGUUCUGGGCCGAUGCUGGUUCAGCACCAAAGAUCGAGGUCUCAUGGAUGGAUGGGUCUAAACGAAGACCGCUUAUUACCGAAGCCAUUCGACAUCCAGCUGGUCUAACAAUCGAUUACUCGCAAGAUCAUGUCAUCUACUGGGUUGACUCUAAACUUAACACCAUCGAAUCUAGUCGACCAGAUGGUUCUCUGCGAAAGACCAUUGUCAAGGGUGAACAAUUGCGUCAUCCGGUAUCGUUGGACGUCUUUGAAUCGAGCAUGUACUGGGUAACACGGGACAGUGGAGAGUUGAUGCAGCAAGACAAGUUUGGUCGUGGAGUACAAGUAAUCGUUCAAAGAAACUUGGUCAACCCCUCUGGUCUGAAGGUAUACCAUGAGAAACGGUAUAACACUUCCUUGCGAAAUCCAUGCUUUGAAAGCAGCUGUUCCCACUUGUGUCUCCUUGUGCCCGGAGGUCGCCGUUGUGCUUGUCCUGAUAAUUCCGGACCGCUUCCAUCUCACCGAUCAACAGCAGAGGUAGUUUGCGAUGCUCCAGCUGAACGACCACGUGCCUCUCCAAGGGCCUGUCCGUGCCAGAACGGAGGUCUUUGUAGUGAAAACGCACGCGAAGAACUGGUUUGUGAAUGCUUAUCAGAUUUCAUUGGCGAACACUGCGAACGUCCGGUCGGAGGACCAUUUGGACCAGGUGGUGGAAAUGUUGCUGCUGUUGUGAUACCAAUUAUGGUCAUAUUGCUGGUGAUGUUAGCUGCCGGUGGUGUUUGGUAUGUCAUAAGGAAAAAACCAUUUGGAAAAUUGGCCAGAUUACCAACACUUUCAUCAUCACAAAGUGUUACAUUCCGUCAUGGAACAAACGUUGAAUUCAACGCACCUGGAUUCCAAAAUAUGCCACCGCCAAGUGAAGUCCCUCCAAUGGAUAGUUAUAAUUUGCAAACAGUUAACAGUAGUAAUAAGGCGCGUGAUUUCUCGAAUCCGAUGUAUGAUGCUGUACAAUCGGGAACAACAUCAGAUCCAAGUAUUGGAAAUGGAUCAGGAAUUUAUGAAGUUCCCCAUGAUAUCAAUUCAAAAUUGAAACCAGUCGGACCAUUCACCGAGCCAGUAUCAGCAAUUUUAGCGCCCAGCAGUAUAACGCACAAGUCAUCACCGCAACUGCAAUUGCGUACCAGAGAACUGGAUCCAUCUGCCGAUACAGGAAAAGAUACGCAAUACCUUGUUGAAGAGGAUAAGUCUGAAUGCUGAUAUUAAAUUAAACAUUUGCAAUAUUGCCUCCCCCCUCCUCCUUGACAUCACAUACACAGACAUUAAAUACAUUUUUUUAAAUCACCUUUUGCUAUAAACUUUAAGAAGACCACACAAAUAAAUUUGUCCUGUCCAAUUUAAAAUACCUAAAACCAACAAGAAAAAAAAAAACAAACAAAAAGAACAAAAAUCGCAUACCUAGGUACUUCCGGCUGCCAUUUUGUAUUUAAAAAAAAAAAAACAAAAACAAAAAAAUAAAAUAUUUUUAUGACAAUAUUGAUACAUAUGAUUGAAAACAAAAAAAAGCUAAAAAUGUUAUCACUAAAAAACAUUGUAAUAUUUUACACACAAAAAUGAGUAUUUUUAUAAACAUUCCAAAAGACAACAUACAUUCCUCCCCGCCACUGAAGCCACUGCUGCUGCUGGAACUUGCAAUGACCUCAAAAACAUGUUUCGUCCGUUAAGCGUUUUUGUUUUGUUUUUUUUUUUUUUUUAUUUUAAUAAUAAUUAUUAUUUUAAAUUUAUUUUAUUAAAAGUGUAAAGUUUUAAUAAAAUAAUAUAUAUAUAUAUUAAAUAUGUGUAAUAUUCAAAUCAAAGCAAUAUUUUUUAAGAUAUUAUUUAUAUUUAAAAAAAUCAAUUAAGUUUAAAUUUUGUAUUAUAAAAAAAAGAAAACGUUAAGAAAAUUUGCUAAAAAGCUAAGCUUUUAAGUUAACUUUAAUUUUUUUUUUAAAUACUAUACAAAUAAAACAAAAAAACUGCAAUUUGUUAUACAUUGUUAAGCGUAUAUUAUAAAUUUUUCAUUAUUAUAUAAAUUUAUUGUUGAACAAGAUCAAAACCGUUAUAAUUUUUCUUUUCUUGAAAUUUCAUAGUUUCUUUACUACCUACAUACAUAUAUAUAUACAUUGUUUCUUUUUUGAUUAAUUUAAUUAAAUGUUCUAUACUGUGGUUAAAAUUAGUAAACAAAAAAAAAACAAGAUGCGAUUAGGAAUAAAAUUAGAGAAAAAUAUACAUAAUUAUAGAGUAUUGAAAAACAAGAAACAAAAACAAUUUAACACACAUAGGAAGAUAUAAAACAAAAGAAAAAGAACAAAGAGAAUAUAUUUAUAUUUUAGAGAAAAAUAUGUAAAAAGUUAGAAAAAAAUUAUUGAAAUAAAGAAGAAAAUUUUAUAUAUAUUUUUAUAAAACGAUAUCGAUUAAUGAAAAAUAAAAUGAAAACAGUAUAACUAUAAAACGAAACUAAGAAUAAAAUGCGCCAUUUUGAAAAGAGAAAAAUUAACAACCUAAGUACUAUUAUAACAAAAAAAAAAAAAAAAAAACACAAAGCGAAUAAAUAAAAUAUUUUAUGUAUAAAUUGUAAAAAUAAAGAAAAUAUCUAACGAAGGAAAAUAUAUCAGUUUAAAUGGGAAAAAUAUAAUAAUCAUAAUUCAACUGUAGUUAAUAUUUAGUUUUAAUAAAAAACAACAAAAAAAAAACAAAAAGGAAAAAUACCUACCAACUUUAUUUUUCUGCUCUUUAACUUUAUUUUUUUCUUUAAUUAUUGUUUAUUAAUCAAUUAUAGUCUUAAAUGAGUAUACUAUAUAAUAUUAUAUUAUGCAGCUUUUAAAGUGUAUUUAUGUUAGUUUUGUUUUCUUGAAAUUAAGAAAAUAAAAUAUUUGUGAGUA